UUGACAAGCGGGAGGUGCUGCAUGAGUGUUAAUGAUUCCAUUUUUUUUAUUCGCCCGUAUGUCAGAUACUUUCGCCUGCGGUUUCCAAAGUGCUUAUAUCCUUGGAGAGUUGUUAGCAGCGCUGUUUUAAACAUCAUCGGGAUAAGCAAUCUUUUAAUCUUUGCAAGUUGCUUUGUGGCGUUCUUAUGCAUUCUUUCGGGAUAUAAUCUUGGAUAUAAUGUUGUUUCGGGCCUAUACGUGACUAUUGCUACCGACUGUCGACCACGCAACGCUCCCAUCCCCGACACAAAGAACAGCUAGGCGGGUGACUACUGCAAUGGCGACGUAAUCAAUGAUCCGUUUUACAUUGAUUUUGAAUGCCUGACUUCGCUCACAGUAUCUUGAACUGAGGAACGUCUUAGUAUCAUUCACAUCAAGUUAUGGACCCUAACAACAACAUCCAGAAGACGAUCGAGAUCGACACCGAAUCAGUCGCACCGGUUUUGACGCUUGGAAACCUGUUCAAACAGGAUUUGAAGAACGCCAACAUCUUAUCGGCAUACCCCACCUCCUUCGUGCAGAACUACCGAUUCCUGAACGACAAGAAGUACAGAAUUUUCGACUUGUCCAAGGAGGAGAAGAAGAACAACCCAUUUUUGUACCUGUACCCAGGCCGGAUCUGUCCGGUGGCGGGAGAUGAGUUUCCCAUUCUGAUGGACAAGCAGCCGAGUGAGUCCCUUAUCCAGCACUGGAAGCAGUGGCUGCCCGACUUCCCAGAACCCAACUUCAAGACUGUCGAUGAAGGUAUGGAUGACGCAGACCCCAUCAUCACCAUCUUCCCGAUGCAGAAGAUCCCAGAAGAAAAGCACGCGGUUGAACCUGACAUGCACUAUCACAUCCUGCUCAAGAGUGCCAUCCCCGAGACAGGCGCACCAUGUCCCAAGCACUUCUCCCCCGACGACGCGGUCUUCCCCUGCAUGGUCAAGGUUGACCAAAGCUUAAGCGGUUACGGAAACUACGUGGUUUACAACCAGGAACAGCUUGAUGAUGCACUUCAGAUUAUCAAGGACAAAUUCGGCAAAAUCGCACCGUAUGUCAUCACAGAGUUCGUAGAGAAUGUCACUGACACGUUCGGCUCUCAGUUCUACCUGACCAAGUCUGGGGAAAUCCAAUGGCUCGGCACGAACGUCAACCUACUCAAGGACUAUGACUGGGUCGGCAGCGUGGUGGACUGGGACGUACAGGAAGACCACAAGAACAGAGUCUACGAAGAUUUCGUGAUCCCUGUGGCCGAGUACCUCCACUCGCAAGGGUACUUUGGGAUAGCAGGCAUUGACGUCAUAACAAGUCCAAGCGGGGACUACCUUGUCGAUCUCAACCCCCGGCUUACCGGCUUCACCCCGCAUGCGCUGAUCGCCCCAUAUAUGGCAAAGGAAGGUCUGACGAAGUCUCUCUUCAAGGCCGCUGACCCGCAUGACUGCACCACGGAGGAGUUACUAAAGCGCGCGAAUUUCAUCAACGAACAGAGUGAAGGUCGCAUCGUGGUUCUUUUCUCGAUGGACGUGGAAGAGGGUUGCAUCGCGGCUAUUGUGGCAUUUGGUGAAUCCGUUUCGUACGUCGAGUCGCUGUUCGAUUGUCUCAGCUGCGAAAAGCUAGUCAAAUGAACACCUGCUCGAUAAUCAGAUUUUUACUUGAGACACAUAUUUAUACAAUCAGAAAAAGGUUUUUAAUGUGCUUUUUAUAGACGAACAACUCAAACGCAGUUCGUCACCACUUACCUAGUACAAACUUCUGUCUCUGACAAUUUUCCAGAGAUAUUUUACAUUUGCUCCGGAGUUUGGAGAUACAUAAACUGCAUAAAGAUUUUUCGAAUCGACAUGAAGUUUUGUGCCGAGUAAGUAGCAAAACAUUGUUUUAUUAUAUUUUAUCUCUCAUCGAAUGAUUUUGCUACAUAAUGCUUUUUUAAAUUGAAAAACAGCCUUGUUAUCAUGAGGGAUGGUCAUCGCAGAAGAAUUGUAUAAUUUUCGUAGAAAAGAUUGAACUUUACCCAUGCAUAAAGGAAAUAUUUAAUGGUAUAUUUAUUAUCCAGUAGACCAGAGAUAUUAUGAAGAUCGAAAUCAUCGAAUCAAAUCUCCACAUGCUUUUUAUUCGCCUCGUUUCGCGUAUCGAGUAUUGGAAACGUGGAAUCGUUUCGAGUAUUGGAAACAUGCUUCAUGUAACUUGUGCGUAUCAGUGGGGCCCGCAAUACAAGCAGACUUAGCUUCAGCAGCAAACCUUUCACGGAUGGUCCAAAGAGAAAACAAAAUGUCUUUUACCUUAAACUUCCCUUUACCAUUUUAAAGGGCUCCUUUUUGCGUUCUGAUGUAACAAAAUUUUCGCGGUUUAUUAAUUUCUUCACAGAAUUCACAGAAUUCUAGGGUUUAAAUCGGUUCAAAACGGUUUGGAAAUGUCCAAUACUUUAUAGACGCUAGAGGGGGUUUUAUAAAAUCGGCGGACCUCAUAGGAAUCAGGUCCGUUGAUUAUGAUGGAUGGGAAUCAAAUUCAAGAGUCAUCGACUUAUGACUUACUGUAAGUUGUCUUUGAAUAAUAUCUUACACACAUAGUGAGUCUAAGGUAGCUGUAAUAAUAGAUUCACUAUAUUAUGGGUAAAGUUCUUGAGAAAAUAUUUUACAUUAUACUUGGUUUACGACAAGAAAACGAUUUUAUGAUUAUGAACAAUGUUAUCGUAUUUAUUGUACUAGGAAUACUAUUUUCCUGUCAGAAUAUGUACCUAAAGUUCAAAUGAUUUAUAAUAAAUCAAGAAAUCCAAA